AUGGAUAACAACUCCCAAACCCAUAAUGGGGAGUCUAUCACCCCAGUCAACCAGACUAGUGCAGAGACUUCUUACGCCAACAGUCCUGUCCAACGGCCUAAGAAUGCCGUUGUUAACACACCGAUCCCUCGCAUCACCCUUCGAUCUAUGGUCAUGGCCCUCUUCGUCUCCAUGGGUGGCCUGCUGUUUGGUUACGAUACUGGUCAGAUCUCCGGCUUUCAGGAUAUGGACAACUAUCUCCGCCGAUAUGGACAAUACAUCGACGGAUCAUGGUCAUUGACUGAUGUCCGUGCCGGUCUGAUUGUCGGUAUGCUUUCUAUUGGUACCCUGGUCGGCGCCCUGGUCGGUGCUCCCUUGGCAGACUUCAUCGGCCGAAAGUGGUCAAUCAGCUUCUGGAAUAUCAUCUUGAUCAUUGGGCUUGUCGUUCAGAUUUCCUCUCCUUCUGGCCAUUGGUAUCAGAUGGUCAUCGGGCGUACCGUCACUGGUCUGGGCGUUGGCGCCUGCUCCCUUCUGGUCCCCAUGUAUAUGGGUGAGAGUGCACCACGUCACAUCCGUGGUGCCAUGAUCAGUUGCUACCAGCUCUUUGUCACCUUGGGUAUCUUCUUGGCAUACUGUAUCAACCUUGGCACCAAUACCAUGGAUGGGACUUCCCAGUGGCGUAUUACCCUUGGACUUACCUUCCUGUUUGCUUUGGUUCUCGGAGGCGGUAUGGCCUUCUUCCCAGAGAGCCCACGAUUUGAAUUCCGCCACGGCAAGGUUGAAAGCUGCCAAAGUACCCUGGCGAAGCUGUAUGGUAUCCCUGAGUACCACAUUCGCAUUCUUGAAGAAAUGGAUGAGAUUCGUGAACAGUUCGAGGCCGAAUCGGAAAGUCAGAAAUGGCACGAAUUCAUCACAGCCCCGCGGAUGUUCUAUCGUAUUGUCCUGGGUAUGGCUCUCCAAAGUUUGCAGCAGCUUACUGGCUCCAAUUACUUCUUCUACUAUGGCACUACUAUCUUCGAGGGUGCUGGUAUCUCGAACAGUUUCAUCACUCAGGUCAUCUUGGGUGCUGUCAACUUCGGUACUACAUUCGGCGGUCUCUACGUCGUUGAGAACUUUGGCCGUCGCAAGUCCCUCAUUUUCGGUGCUAUCUGGAUGUUUGUCAUGUUCAUGAUCUUUUCAUCCCUCGGCCACUUCGUACUUGAUCGUCAGAAUCCCGAAAAUACCCCUGGUGCUGGAAAGGGUAUGAUUGUUGUGGCCUGCUUCUUCAUUGCCGGUUAUGCGAUGACCUGGGGUCCUAUGAUCUGGGCUAUUGUCGCAGAGCUUUUCCCCUCCAAGUACCGUGCCAAGGGUAUGGCUCUGGCUACUGCCUCCAACUGGGCUUGGAACUUCCUCAUCAGUUUCUUUACCUCCUUCAUCACCAGUGCCAUUGACUUUGCUUAUGGUUAUGUCUUUGCUGGUUGCCUCUUUGUUGCGGUCUUUGUGGUAUAUUUCUUCGUCAUUGAAGGCAAGGGUCGUACCUUGGAGGAGCUUGAUUACAUGUACGUGAACAACGUUAAGCCUUGGAAGAGCAGCAGUUACGAAAUUCCUCGUCGUCACGACUGGGAAGACGAGGGUGCUGCCGGUCGCAAAAAGGAGCAGGGGGCCUACCAUGCGGAGGAUGCCUAG